AUGUCCGGGCGCGGGAAGCAGGGCGGGAAGGCGCGCGCCAAGGCCAAGUCGCGCUCGUCGCGGGCCGGGCUGCAGUUCCCCGUGGGCCGCGUGCACCGGCUGCUGCGCAAGGGCAACUACGCGGAGCGCGUGGGCGCCGGCGCCCCGGUGUACCUGGCGGCCGUGCUGGAGUACCUGACGGCCGAGAUCCUGGAGCUGGCGGGCAACGCGGCCCGCGACAACAAGAAGACGCGCAUCAUCCCCCGCCACUUGCAGCUGGCCAUCCGCAACGACGAGGAGCUCAACAAGCUGCUGGGCAAGGUGACGAUCGCGCAGGGCGGCGUGCUGCCCAAUAUCCAGGCCGUGCUGCUGCCCAAGAAGACCGACAGCCACAAGGCGAAAGCCAAGUGAACGCCGGAGAUCGGAAGGCCCUUAAGUUUUAGUACUAAAACCCAAAGGCUCUUUUAAGAGCCACCUACAAAU